AUGGACUCGACGGUGGAGGAACAAAAUCGGUUCUCUGCGACCAACAGCCGCGGAAUCGCAGCCGCGAGCUCUGUCGGCAGCGCAGCCAGCGCUUCGAGCCCGAUGAACACCAAGACCAAGAAGCAGCUCUUUAUGCUGCAGAGGGCGGAGCGACUGAAGGACCCUAAGGUGCGCAAGAUGGGCAUCGACCGCGAGGCCUUGGAUGCGCAGGUGCGUGAGAAGGAGGCGCUGCGCCGCCUGGAAAAGGAGAGGAACGACUACUACGACAGUCAGGCGCUCCUGAUGGACCGUCAUGCGUGUGCACUGCAGCAGGAAGUGAACUCCAUUCGCGCAGCUCGUGAGAAGGAGCUGCAGGACUACCGCCAGACCUUUCAGAAGAAAGAGAUGGGCCGUGAGUGGGACCUCAACGACCCGGAGGCACAGCGCAAGGAGCUGCCGGCACGCAUCGGCGACGAAGACCCUCGUAACGGACCGUCGUCGCUGCAGAAGUUUGAAGGCGAGGAUCUCGACUACGCGGCACGCAGGGCGGCGCAGCAGCGGCAGCAGCGGCAGUGGGCGCAGCAGCAGGUGAACGAGAAGCUCGCGAAGAAGUGGAUGGAGCAGGAGCGUGACCGCGCUUUCGACGACCGAAACGAGGAGGUGAACUACCGCCUGUACGAGGUGGAGCAAAAGGUGGCGGAGCAGCGCAGGCUCAUGGAGAAGAAUGGGGCCGAUUUCAACCGCGCGCUCGCUGAGCAGCAGCGACGCGAGGCUGUGCGCGCCAAGGAGGAGGACACUCGCCUCGGUCUGCAAGAGAUGGCAUACCAGAUGGAUAGCGACUUCCUCAACGAGCGCGAAACCGUAGUCAGCGAGCUUGGCGCCAGCGUCAGGGCGGAGCGCUACAAGGGCAUGUCAGAGAAGCAGAAGGCCCUCCUGCGAGCCGGCCAAGAUGAGCAGCUCCGUGAGCUCCGCCGUCGUCGUCUUUUAGAGGUGGAGGAAAAGAAGCAGUGGUCUCUGCAGGAAAACAUGCAACUGCGGAUGGCAAACGCUCUCGAUCGCCAGCGCGAGCGCGAACGCCGAGCUGAGCGUGAGCAGCUGGCGGAGACUCACAAGAUGCAGACCCAGGCAGCAGCCGAACGAAAGGCCCAGUUAGAUGAGCUCUACAAGAACGCUGUAGACGAGGACUACUUCAAGUACUGGGAUCGGUGCUCGUAG